AUGGUCCAGCUCGAAAAGGUCUCUUCCAACAAGGUCGCCGGCGGCUUUGUCACAAAAUACAAGUUCCCCUCUACCUCCCUCUCCCUGCCCACCCAGUUCAACCUCUUUGUCCCAUCCAACACCUCUUCCGGCCCUGUGCCUGUGCUCUUUUACCUCGCUGGUCUCACCUGCACCGAGGACACAGCUGCUCAGAAGGGUGGCUUCUUUAUCAAGGCCGGUGAGGAGGGCAUUGCUCUUGUGUAUCCCGACACCAGUCCUCGUGGCGCCCACGUUGAGGGUGAGGACGACGACUGGCAGCUCGGUACUGGAGCUGGCUUCUACAUCAACGCCACCGAUGACAAGUGGAAGAAGCACUACAACAUGUAUGACUUGGUGGUCAAGGAGUUGCCCGAGGUCCUCAAGGAAGCCGAUUUGGGCUUGGACUUUUCUAGGUGGUCAAUCAUGGGGCACUCUAUGGGUGGCCACGGCGCUUUGUCUAUCUACCUCAAGAACCCCGGUCUUUUCAAGUCUGCCUCUGCUUUCGCCCCCAUCUGCAAUCCUUCCGUCGUUCCUUGGGGCAUCAAUGCCUUCAAGAACUAUAUUAACGCCCGCACGCGUUCCAACCCUCCCUCCGAGUGGCUUGAGCACGACUCGACUGUCCUUCUUGAAAGGUUUGAGGGCCAAGCCAACAUCUUGAUCGAUGUCGGCACGGACGACCAGUUCUUGAAGGCUGGUCAAUUGACUCCCGAGUCUAUUGAGAAGCUCGGCAAGCCUGGAGUUGAGGUACGAAGGCAGGAGGGUUAUGACCACUCCUACUUCUUUAUCUCAACUUUCGCACCUGACCACAUUGCUUUCCACGCAAAGGCCCUUAAGGCAUAG